AUGACAACAUUCGAUUUAGCAUACUGUAACAGUUGCCGAUCUUGUUACACCAAAAGCUUUCAAACUCCAUCACAAUCGACAAAGUACUAUGCAAGACAGCACAAACUAUUAAGCAGAAAGUUUGAAUCAGAUCACUCCCAUUCAUUAUCAACAGCUACUACACAAACACAGCAUUUGGAUCCAUUUGAACUUGUUCGUUCUGACCUUCAAACUCUCAGUGAUGAUAUAAAGCAAGAAUUACACCCAUAUGAAAAAGAACUUGCAUCUGUUAGUCAGUACCACUUUGAUGGCAAGGGAAAGUCAUUUAGGCCAAUGAUAGCAAUGCUUAUGGCAAAGGCUGUCAAUACACACAAUGAAAAACCACUAGAGUUGUCAAGAAACCAGCGAAAAUGUGCUAUGAUUGCCGAAAUGAUCCAUACCUCUAGUUUAGUCCAUGAUGAUGUCAUAGAUGAUUCAGACACUCGACGUGGUAAACCUAGCAUUCACAAGAACUGGGGAGAAAGAAAGGCAAUAUUAGGUGGAGAUUACAUAAUGGCAAUGGCUUCCAUGGCAUUAGCUCGUAUGGGCAAUGAAAGAAUUGUUCUAGCAUACUCACAAAUAUUAGAAGAUCUUGUAAAAGGAGAGUUUAUGCAGCUCGGAUCAAAGGAGGAUGAGAAUGAAAGAUUUGCUCACUACCUCAAAAAAACAUUUAAGAAAACAGCCAGUUUGAUUGCAAAUAGCUGCAAAUCAGUGGCAAUUUUAGCUGAAUCAACAGAAGAAACCAUAGAAAUGGCAUAUCAGUAUGGUCGAAAUGUAGGAAUAGCAUUUCAGCUGGUAGAUGACUUGUUGGACUUUACCUCUUGUGAAAACGUCAUGGGGAAACCCACUGCUGCAGAUCUCAAGUUGGGACUGGCAACUGCACCUGUGUUAUUUGCAGCACAACAGCAUCCUUCCUUGAAUGAGAUGAUAAUGAGAAGAUUCUCACAACCAGGGGAUGUAGCAGCUGCAAGGCAGUAUGUAGCAAAGAGUGAUGGAGUUGAGCAGACAAGAUACCUUGCAACACAACAUUGUAACGCAGCAAUACAAAACAUUAGGACAUUCAAACAUUCAAUAGAACAGGACGCAUUAGUGACUGUAACGAGUAAAGUGAUUAAUCGAUUGAAAUGAUGUGAAUGAAGUUUAGGCAAUUAUACAAUUUAGGAAAAUUUACCUAAUCAGGUUGAGUUUUGCAUUUAGUAGUACCUUGCCUCAUUGAAAAUAGUACAGAGGCCUUUUUGGGCCUCAUUCUCCUAGCAAAUUUAGCAUGAGCCCAAAUUGUUUUCUUUUAUUUUCCUUGUCAUCUUUCAGAUCCAUUCCGCCAACCCAACAGAUAUUAUAUGGCCAUUUAUCUGUGAACUACAUGCAUUUACAUUUAACAGCCUCAGUAGUCUGUGUGAAAUCUGUCCCAUACAUCAACCAUGUAAAGUUGCCUCUGGUCCCUAAAUUAAAUUCAAAGUAUCAGUAUGUCAUAUUUAGGCAAAAUUAGAUUUGUCAUUUCAAUGGCCAUAAUGAAUAGGGGAGGAAAUGGACCUUUGAAA